CAAUGGUGCAACACAUGAAGUAGAGAUCUCGCAACACGUACCGAGCAGCUCACGGCGCUGUACCGGAGCUGGGUUUUUUACCAUGGUCUUCAGAGUAACCCUCAACCGCGUCCUUGUCUUAUGUCUACUGACCAUGAGCUUCACCUGGUUGUUCCACUUCUUAAAACAAGAUGACUCUCCAAAGAAAAACGUUCACAUCAUCAUACUGUCUUCCUGGCGUUCUGGCUCCUCGUUCCUUGGCCAGAUCUUCAACCAUCAUCCUGAUGUCUUCUACCUCUUUGAGCCACCAAGAAUGGUUUGGGUCAAACUGCCCAAUGAGAGGGCUGAUUAUCUACAUUACCCAAUUAGAGACCUUAUACACUCUUUAUUUAACUGUGAUGUGUCUCCUCUUCAUUACUACCUGCCCCGGAACGGACGCUACAUAUCUGAUCUUCCUUAUUUUUCAGAGAGUAGGGCUCUAUGUUUUCCACCGGCUUGUAAGAAAAUGAAACAUUAUGACACUUACGACCGGCCCACCUGCUUCCAAAGAUGUGGUUACGUGCCACUGGAAAUGAUGGCAGAAGCCUGCAAGAUACACAGCCAUGUGGUAUUAAAGACAGUGCGGAUCUUGGACAUCAGGUUCCUCCUUCCGCUUUUGCGAGAUCCAAACCUUGACCUCAGGAUUAUCCAUCUGGUAAGAGAUCCUCGAGGAGUGGCGUUUUCAAGAAAAAACUUUAACCUUCUAAAGGAGGAAGAUCUGAUCGUAACAAGGAGAGGAGGGAAGGAAAAAGGGGAGAAACACAGAAAGCCCAACGUGACCCAGGUCAUGUUCAAUAUCUGCAAGGCCCAAGCUGACAUCUUCGAGGCUGCUCAACUGGCCGGACCAUUGCUACAAGGGCGGUACAUGGUAAUAAGACAUGAAGACAUAGCAAUCGACACCUUGGCCAGCGUUGACAAGGUCUACAAGUUUGCCGGCCUCGGUAUGACGCCAGCGAUAGAGACAUGGCUGUUGAAAAUCACAAACCAAAAAAACAAAGAACAAAGAAGUUUUAUGAGCUUUGUCGGGGAGUCCCAAAGAAUUAUCCAGAAGUGGAGAAUGAAUCUUAAUCACAAAACAGUACUGGAGGUCCAGGAUGCGUGCAAGGAGGCUAUGGACGUCUUUGGGUAUCAGCCCAUCAAGUCUUUGAAAGAGCAGAAGGAUCUAAAGUUGGAUCUAUUAAGGAAAGAAAUAAAGAGUAGGGGGUAACAAACAGACGAUAUCUGGGGACCUUGUUUUAUUGUGUUUCUAAAUAAAUUAUUUCUUCAUGAAAACAGAGGGACAUAAGACGUGUGACGCUAGAGACAUUCAUUUUUUGCAUAUUGUGCCCACAGAGGGAUGAAGGAACCCAUAAUAACAUUUAUCGUAUCGCAGUUGCCCAGUUUAGAGGAGAAAUGGAAGAGCAAUUCAUAGAAGAUGGUUUAUUGCUGAAAAUGGUGGCCCUGAGCCGCAGGGCCACACAAACAAAUCCGUCCCCACCAGUAGCUUAAUCCUUAUCAGAGGACUUUAGCAUUGUACCAAGUCCAUUGUCUCUAUCCUUAGAGAUAUCAGGCGAUCUCUGUCUCCAUGGUAACGAUCCUUUCCUGUUCUCUUGUCUGGUGUUUGUGAACCUUCGGGUCUAUGAUGUCAUACCCUACACCGGGGCACUACGAUAAGCAGACUGCCCCAUUAGGGAGCAGAAAACAUCUCCCGCUCUUCUCUAUAAGCCACAAGGGGCCGUGUAGAGGGCCGUAGUGAUAACUAAAUGCUGUACGUGAAAUGUCGUGAAUCUUACCUCAAUAUCCUUUGCCGGUUGAUAUUUUGGAUUGUUGGGAGCGUACAAUUUAUUUAAUAAAACAUUCCUAAAAUGAACGUCCAAUAAAACGUAUAUUAAGGAGUGAAA